AUGUCGACUUUCCAUAGUCUGCGGGAGCUGGGUUCUCAGAUCCAACGGGACGUGCUCAUGUCGAAUCCAGACGUCCGAUGGGCUGACAUCGCCUCAAAUGAGGACGCGAAGCGUCUGCUGAAGGAGGCGGUCGUGCUUCCCGUGAAGUAUCCGUCCUUGUUCCAGGGCCUUCUCUCCCCUUGGAAGGGCGUCCUCCUCUAUGGACCGCCCGGGACGGGAAAGACCAUGCUUGCCAAGGCUGUGGCGACGGAGUGCAAGACGACCUUCUUCAACAUCAGCGCGUCUUCUAUCGUCUCCAAGUGGAGAGGAGAUUCCGAGAAACUCGUUCGGGUUCUCUUCGAGCUCGCGAGGUACCACAAGCCCAGCACGAUCUUCCUGGACGAGAUCGACUCGAUCAUCCGAAGGAUGAAGACAGAGUUGCUGAUCCAAAUGGAUGGCGUGAUGUCUUCCUCCGACCUUGUCUUCCUUCUUUGCGCAAGCAAUUUACCUUGGGACUUGGAUUCUGCGCUACUGAGGAGAUUGGAGAAGAGAAUUUUCGUCCCUCUGCCAUCAGAAGAGGCUCGCAAGAAUAUUAUCCGCAAGCGGACUGAAGGAUUCUCGGGCUCGGACGUCGUUGCGCUGUGUAAGGAAGCAGCCAUGAAGCCUCUCCGCAGGUAUAUCGACUGGAGCGCGGACUAUGGCUCCGUGUGA